GCGAAAAUGGCUGACGUGGGCUGUGCGCACUUUGUGUCCUACAUCAAGGAAUACGGGCUCGAGUCGUACAACGUUGUGCACGCAUACUUUAGCGCUUGUGUCAGCAAGGAAGCGAGACGUCGUAAAGCCCUGUCCUGUCUGUGCCACAAGUGCGGCAGCUCCGGUCCACAGCUCUACUCCUGUCUGCACUGCAUCUACUUCGGCUGCAAGGGAGCACACAUCAACGAGCAUUACAAGCACACGAAACACUUCAUGGCGCUCGAGCUGAGCUAUGGUAUGCUCUACUGCUACCAGUGUCGGGACUUCAUCUACCACAGCGAAUGCCAAACGAUGGCCGAAAGGCACCUACGGCGCGAGGCGCGCAGCCUGGGCAAAAGUCUGUCCUGGCGGCCGUGGAGCCCGUCCAAGCUAGAGAUCGAACUGCUGCUGAAGAACCCCAAGCGGCGUCACGUAACCGCGCUAACGAGCAUCGGUCUCCGCGGGUUGCUGAAUCUCGGAUCCACCUGCUUCAUGAACUGCAUAGUGCAGGCCCUCAUCCACACGCCGCUACUGCGUGAUUACUUCCUCGCCGAGCUGCACGAAUGUACAUCGAAAACCUCCGCCAAAUGUCUCGUGUGCGAAGUAUCGCGUCUCUUCCAGGAGUUCUACUCCGGCGCCCGAGGUCCGCUAUCGCUGCACCGGUUGCUGCACUUGAUCUGGAACCACGCGCGGCAUCUGGCCGGAUACGAGCAGCAGGAUGCGCACGAGUUUUUCAUCGCCACACUGGAUGUGCUGCACCGGCACUGUAAGAUAUCGAUGACUGAGCUGGCUGCGAAUGCGGCCGCUGCCGCUGCAGCUGCGGCAGCAUCCACCACCACGGGGACGACGGCUAGUGACAAAUCCAAAUCCUCCCAGUCACAUGCGCAUGCCCAAUGUAAUUGCAUUAUCGAUCAGAUCUUCACCGGUGGGCUGCAGAGUGAUGUGGUCUGUCAAGCUUGCAACGGUGUCUCCACCACCAUUGACCCGUUCUGGGACAUUUCGCUCGACCUUGGUGAAUCCUCGAACGGACAGGGCGGUUACGGAGGGCCACCGAAAUCGCUCAUCGACUGUCUGGAGCGGUUCACCCGAGCCGAACACCUCGGCUCGAGCGCAAAGAUUAAGUGUAACACCUGCAAAAGCUACCAGGAAUCAACGAAGCAGCUUUCCAUGCGCACACUGCCAAUAGUCGCAAGUUUUCAUCUGAAGCGCUUCGAACACUCUAGUCUGAUCGAUAAGAAAAUUUCUACCUUCAUCUCAUUCCCCUCGGAGCUCGACAUGACGCCGUUCAUGUCGCAGAAAAACGAUAUGGCGGAUUUUCGGUACUCACUGUAUGCCGUCAUCAAUCACGUCGGAACGCUCGAUGCGGGCCAUUACACGGCUUACGUGCGUCAUCAGAAAGACAUAUGGGUGAAGUGUGACGAUCACAUCAUAACGACUGCCACACUCAAGCAGGUUCUGGACAGCGAAGGGUAUUUGCUUUUCUAUCACAAAAAGAUACUAGAGUACGAAUAAAUGACCACGCGGAUGGUGAUGUAAUGGCGCGUAAUUCGGCAGCGUGAGGAAAAAUGAUAAACGCUGUGACCACCG